UGGUGGUGCUUUUCCAGGAGGGGGGGGUUUCCAGGAGGUGGCGAAUGAAGCGAUUUAUUUCAAGAAUCUGAGGAGAGUUUGGCUGUUUAGGUUUGCAUUUAAAUUGAUUCUCCCUUGGGCAAGACAUCAAUCUUGAAAGCAGAUCUCCUUGUAUACAGUAACUGCUUGUUCCGCUCUUCUUCCUUUCUCUUGGGUUUGAAUGCAGCUUCCCUGAUCUGUGAUUUACAGAUUUACAUCCUAGAAAUCUGUAUGCCUCUGUCCUGUUUGAAGGUGGCUACAAAACCGUUUUUGCAAGCACCAUCCUUGAUAGUUCAGUCUUUGCGCUUCAUGGAUCUGAAAGUCCUCGUUUCUUCCUUAAAUGAUUUUGCUUCGCUUUCCCUGGCUGAAAGUUGGGACAAUGUGGGGCUGUUGGUUGAGCCAAGUCCUCCUCAUAUUGUCAGUACUCUCUUUCUCACCAACGAUUUGACCGAGGAUGUGAUGCAGGAAGCCCUGGAGAAGAAAGCAAACCUCAUUCUUUCUUACCACCCACCCAUUUUCCACCCACUGAAACGUAUAACAUGGAAAACAUGGAAAGAGCGUCUGGUAAUCCGAGCCUUGGAAAACAGAGUUGGCAUUUAUUCUCCUCAUACAGCAUAUGAUGCUAUACCUCACGGAGUCAAUAGCUGGCUUGCUGCAGGACUGGGCACUUGCACUUCUGUUCCCUUGAAACCGGCUACAGCUUCCACUUACCCUGUAGGUGGGCCUUUCCGGGUUGAAUUCAGUGCUUCCUCUGCUGAAAGCCUAGAAACAGUUUUAUCCAAAGUCCGUGCAAUGCCAGAGGUGUCACUCAUCACAACUCAACCUGCCAGCGUUGAAGGUGAAGAACAGACACGUGUCAGCUUGAACUGUUCUCAGCUAGCUUUGUUGCAAGUGGUGGCCUUGCUUUCUCAGAAUAGCCUUCUAUAUCGAAAGACUGAAAUCGUAUCACUACAGAAGCCUCUGCUUGCCGAUACUGGGAUGGGACGCUUAUGCACGUUGCAUGAACCAGCCUCAGUGUCUCUGUUGAUUGAACGAUUGAAAAGUCACUUAAAAUUGUCUCAUGUUCGUCUAGCUCUUGGAGCAGGGAAAUCACUGGAGUCCCUGGUGAAGGUGGUUGCUCUUUGUGCUGGUUCAGGAGCAAGUGUUUUGCAAGACACAGAAAGUGAUCUCUAUCUUACCGGAGAAAUGUCCCACCAUGAUGUACUAAAUGCUGUUUCCAGCGGGAUUUCUGUGGUCUUGUGUGAGCACAGUAACACUGAGCGAGGUUUUCUAUUAAAGCUGCAACAAAUGCUGGCCAUGCAUUUUAUGAACAAGAUCAAUGUCAUCAUUUCUGAGAGAGACAGAGACCCCCUUCAAGUUGCGUAAAAGAAACAAAUGUUGAGGUAUGAUAAACGACACUGGAUUCUCACCAUGAAGGCUCCUUCUGAUUAGUCUGACAGAGGCAUCUAGAGAAUCGAGUUAACUCACCCUAUCUCCCAAGACAAGAAGCUUUGACUAGACCAAGUCUUAAAGGCUCCACCUAUCAGCCCAGUCAGUUUCUCCCAUGACGCCGCCAUAGAAAAAAGCAACUGGAGGGAAAACUUCCAAGGAUAACCAUACAGAGGAAUGUUUAACUAAUGUAAAGAUGGAAGACAAGCCACUGUCCUAUGAAUCUUAAUUAAAGGAGCAUGGAUAGAAAAACAGCUGAUGUAGAUGCCAUCUGAAUAAAUAUGAGAACAGCUUCUAGUCCAAUACACAGUGCAAGUUAGAAAAGGGCAAACAUUUGAAUAUUGACUUUACUAUAAAUAGCACUUGCAUUUCAUAUACAGCUGUUGAUGGAAUUCUCUUGUAAUGGCUUCAUUAGCUUUUCUGCAAUAAAUCUACUUACCAGAA